AUGGCUGUCUUCUCUUUCAUUUCCUGCUCUCUCUUACUCUACAUUCUCUCCAUGCUCCAUCUCGUCCACCCAUUUCAUCAUGGCCCUGACUUCAGGCACUCAUCCAGACCGAUAUGGCGGCACCAAACUCAUUUUGAGCUGAUCGAUUCAUGGGCCUCAUCUCAACAAGAGGCAGACCGUGUUGUCAGACUUCCGGGGCAGCCUCCGGUGAAAUUCCAACAAUAUGCAGGGUAUGUGACUAUCGACGAGGCCCAUGGGAAGGCGCUUUUCUACUGGUUCUUUGAAGCCAUGAAUCAACCUCAGUCCAAACCGGUUCUCUUAUGGCUCAAUGGAGGACCCGGUUGCUCUUCUAUUGGCUAUGGAGAAGCCCAAGAACUCGGACCUUUCUUAGUGCAAAAGGGAUCUCCAGAGCUCAAAUUCAAUAAUUACACGUGGAACAAAGAGGCCAAUUUACUAUUUUUGGAAAGCCCGGUGGGAGUAGGGUUUUCUUAUACAAAUACGAGUUCAGAUAUAAAAGAGCUUGGAGAUCAAAUCACAGCAAAGGAUUCGUAUACGUUCCUAGUCAACUGGUUCCGAAGGUUUCCGCAAUUCAAAGCCCUUGAAUUUUACAUUUCCGGAGAAAGCUAUGCAGGGCAUUAUAUUCCACAGCUAGCUGACGUCAUCUUUGAGGAGAACAAAAGAACGGCUAGGGAGAAUUUUAUAAAUCUCAAGGGUUUUAUAAUAGGAAAUGCGUGGAUCGACAAACAUACGGAUCAAGAUGGAAUGAUCGAUUAUGCGUGGGACCAUGCUCUAAUCUCUGAUCAGAUUUACCAUGCAAUCAAGAAUAACUGUGAUUUCCGCCUACAAAACCAGAGUGAGGAAUGCCAUCAGGCAUUGGCCCGAUACUACUCGCUCUUUGACAUCAUCGACAUGUACAGCUUGUAUUCUCCCAAAUGCCAUAGAAGGAAAUCGCCAUCGAUGCACUUGACAGAAUUCGGGGGGGUUGCCCCCGAACACUUGUUCAAAACGGGCGAUUGGAGUAGAAAGGCGAGAGGGUAUGAUCCUUGCUUGCCUGAAUACACCGUUUCAUAUUUUAACAGGCCUGAUGUUCAAGAAGCCUUGCAUGCCAAUGUCACCAAAAUCCCUUAUCCCUGGGAUCUUUGCAGCUCCAUAAUCGAACAAUGGAACGAUGCACCGCAUUCGACCCUCCCCGUCAUAAAAAAACUCAUCGACGGUGGAAUCCGCGUUUGGCUUUACAGUGGGGACACAGAUGGUGUGGUCCCUGUAACAUCAACGAGAUAUACAAUAAACAAGCUGGGAUUGAAUGUGACUGAGGAAUGGGCUCCUUGGUUCACCUACACGGAGGUAGGUGGGUGGACCAUCGGCUACGAUGGUCUAACUUUUGUUACACUGAGAGGGGCAGGCCAUGAAACUCCUACCUAUGCUCCAGAGCGUUCAGGGCAGCUUAUCAAGCAUUUUCUAGCCAAUAAAAAACUGCCACGUGUCCCCUUUUGA